GACUUGACCCAGUGACACAACUUUGUCACUGCGCCUGUGCAGCAGGUAUUACGGCGCUGAGCUCCGAGCAUCAUGGCAGCCUCCGUGGAGAGCGUUUGUGUAACAUAGCAGGAACAUUUUUCUGAAGAUCCAAAUCUGUAAAAGUCUCAUAUUUUACUGUCAGUAGCCUGGAAAAGACACAAACAUCUUCAUUCGUCUUCGGCCAAAGAAACUCUCUGCGUCCUACAUGCUGACAAAGAGGUUUCCUCCGGUGCAGAGUUUUCUGUUGCUGGUCUCCAGAAGUGUCGGUCACAUUGCCAGACAGCAGUACGAUGUUGUCGUGGUGGGCGGAGGUCACGCAGGGACCGAGGCGGCGGCGGCGGCAGCCAGAGUGGGAGCUGAGACACUCCUGGUCACACAGAAAAUACACACAAUCGGCGCUCUGUCCUGCAACCCGUCUCUGGGCGGAGUAGGGAAAGGCCAGCUCGUGAAGGAGAUCGACGCUCUGGACGGGCUGUGUGGUCGAGCUGGAGACUACGCUGGCAUUCACUUCUCCAUCCUGAAUCGGAAAAAAGGCCCCGCUGUGUGGGGUCCGAGAGCCCAGCUGGACCGGCAGCGCUACCGAGAAUUCAUUCAGUCGGAGCUGCUGUCCACUCCCAGGCUGACGGUGUUGGAGGGCUCAGUGGAGGAGCUGCUGGUGACGGAACCAAACCCAGAGGAGCCUGGAAAGCACCAAGUGACUGGGAUACGUUUGGUGAACUGUGACCACCCGAUCUCUGCCAGCUCAGUGGUUCUCACCACUGGUACUUUCUUAUCCGGCUCCCUCUUCGUGGGCCAGACCACGUCCCCCGGGGGUCGGAUUGGAGAUGCUCCAUCCAGUGCCGGACUGUCCCACACCCUGAGGGAGAGGCUGAAGCUAAAGAUAGGCCGGCUGAGGACUGGGACCCCUCCCAGGAUUGUGAAGGAUUCAGUGGACCUUUCCUUGACUAAGCUUCACCCCCCUGACAGUCACCCGACCCCGUUCAGCUUCCUUAACAGCCGCACAAACUGCAAGCCUGAAGAGCAGUUGCCUUGCUACCUGACCUACACCACUCCUGGUGUGGAGAGAGUGGUGAGGGAGAGUUUUCAUCUCAACUGUCACAUACAGCAAGACGCCAAAGGUCCCAGGUACUGCCCCUCCAUCGAGUCGCGAGUCCUGCGCUUCCCAGGCCGGCAGCACCAGGUGUGGCUGGAACCUGAGGGGCUGAACUCCGACCUUUUGUACCCACAGGGUCUGUCCAUGACCAUGCCACCCGAUAUCCAGCUCCGCCUCAUCAGAGAAAUCCCCGGCAUGCACAGAGCGGAGAUCCACACACCUGGUUAUGGAGUACAGUAUGACUUUGUGUGUCCCACUCAGCUGAGCCCUGCGCUCCAGGUGAAAAGCACUCAGGGUCUGUUUCUGGCCGGUCAGAUUAACGGAACGACGGGGUACGAGGAGGCUGCUGCACAGGGCUUGUGGGCGGGGGCGAACGCUGCCCGCCGGGCGCUCUCCACGCCUCCGGUAGCGCUGUCUAGAACGGAGAGCUACAUCGGAGUUCUCAUUGAUGAUCUGGUGAGCCGAGGCGUCACAGAGCCGUACCGCAUGUUCACCAGCCGGGCUGAGUUUCGAGCCUCUCUGAGGCCGGACAACGCCGACCUCCGCCUCACUCUGAAAGGCUUUGAGGAGGUGGGCUGUGUGUCUUCCUUGCGCUACCAGGAGGUUGUAAGAGUCAGGAACAGUCUCCAGGAUGCACAGACGGCCCUUAGAGCCCUCACUCUGUCCGCCGCCAAAUGGAAAGAAACGCUGCCCAGCAUCCUCAUCAGUGGGACCAAGAGCACCACAAUGACCGGUAUGGACAUAAUGCGGUACAAAGACGUGUCCUUUGAAAUGUUGGCAAAUGUCUUCCCAGAGCAGCUUUCAUCUUUCAUGGAAUUCUCACAAAGACUCCAGAUAGAAGCUGUUUACAAGCCUCACUGCGACACACAGAGGAAAGAGAUUGAGAGAAUUCAGAAGGAGGAGAACAUGUCUCUGCCACAGGACGUGGAUUAUCUCUCUCUGCCAGUGCCAAUGUCUCAGGAAGUCAGAGAGAUUCUGGACAGAGUUCGACCGAGCACUCUGGGCGCUGCUACUCGUCUGGAGGGUAUAACUCCUGCUGCCAUAGUGAGUCUCCUCAACUAUGUGCAGUUCACGGGGAAAAGGGAGAGAAGAACGAACAGAAACCAACCAGACCAGAAGGAAGAGACAGAGGAGGAACUGUGUGCAAGAAACGCAUCUUUACCUCAGUAAUACAAUGACUACAACCGUCUCGUAGAAAUGUGUAUAUUUAUAUAAAAACAACAAAAGAAUAAAUUAUGGUAUUUAAGGAUGGAACAUGUCUUUGUUGUGCCCUACUGGUAAUGGGCGACUUUUUACAUUGUGAAAAAGUUCAACAAAAUAAAACCUUGACACAUUAA